AUUAGGAUGAUCCUUCUUCUUGCAUUGCUCCAUGUCCAGCCUCAAGGAACUUCUUCCGACUCAUUAAUCUAGACGUCGCAUAGGGCUUGUCUGCUUCGAUACUGUACGUCGGACAGCACUCAGGCCGUAUAGCAUACGGAAUCCAACCCUCUACCAUGUCAGUCGAAACGUUAAACCAUCCGACGAGCAAAUCGCUCAAGGGGCCAGAAAGUAGCUCGAGUAAUAUCUUCCGGGCAGAGUUUGCCACAACCAACUCCGGCAGUCAAGUUAUCUAUAAUCAUGGAUCGAUUUCCAACUACUUCUACUAUAAUUCUGAUACUCCUCAUAUGUCGGCCGAAGCAUUAAACUCUCUGACGAGCAAAUUGCCAAAGGGGCCGGAGAGUAGCUCGAGGAAUAUCCUCCGGGCAGAGUUUGCUACGAUCAACUACGGUAGUCAAGUUACCUACAAUUAUGGAUCGAUUUCCAACUACUUUUGCCACGAUUCUGAUGCCACUCAUAUAUCGGCCGAAGCAUCAAACCCUCUAACGAGCAAAUUGCCAAAGGGACCCGAGAGUAGCUCGAGUAAUAUUCCCCUGGCAGAGUUUGCUACGACCAACUACGGUAGUCAAGUUGCCUAUGAUUAUGGAUCAAUUUCCAACUACUUUUGCCACGGUUCUGAUGCCACUCAUAUAUCGGCCAAAGCAUCAAACCCUCUAACGAGCAAAUUGCCAAAGGAACCGGAGAGUAGCUCGAGUAAUAUCCUCCGGGCAGAGUUUGCUACGAUCAACUACGGUAGUCAAGUUACCUACAAUUAUGGAUCGAUUUCCAACUACUUUUGCCACGAUCCUGAUGCCACUCAUUAAUGCUCCUUCCCGAAGGUCUUAUUGCCGAAAGAUUCGCCUGAGAGUCAGCUCUACAACAAGAUAGAGAGGGCGCGUGUAUUGUAUAAAUCGAGACGCUGGACAGACGCGAAUGCCUUAUUUUAUGAAGUCAUGUAUACGUCUUAUCCCACUCCUGCAGCGACGGAACGACUCCUUAUCCAGUACAACCUGGCUCAUGCACACUUCGCCCUGGCGGAGUUUUCCGAAGCAGUCCAUCACUUUCAAGAGUUAGUCGAUAUCCGCGAAGAACGAAAUAAGACGCCCAAGGAAAGCAUCAGCGACAGCCGUUACUGGCUCGCACGCAGCUUCUAUCAUCUGAAGAGAUAUGAAGACGCUUCCACAGA